UAUUAGUAGCUGUAAUCGUAUUGGUGCCUAAAAAGGUGUGACGUCUGCGCUAGCUGCUCUUUGCGGGUCCAAAACCGAAUCUUUCCGACAAUUACCACUUGCCAAUUGCACACACACUGCCGACACACGGUCUCUGCUAUCGCGGGGUUUCGAUUUGACGUCUCGAAAUCAACAAAUUUUGAUGGAAAAACCAAAUAUCCUUUGGUCAGGGAAAAAAAGCAUCCGUGAUGCCCGAUAGAAAAUGGCUGACUGUAAGUGCUGGAAAGUGCCUCGCAGAGAGCUGAUGGUGUGCUUUGGUAUGGUCGUGAUUCGUCAGAGAAAACUAUCGCACAAGUGAGCGGAGCUGUGUUGUGUAAAAUGUGCUGUUGCAAGUUGCGUUACCGAUGUUCCUAGAAAGUGUCAUCUCAAUUAGGCAAAAGUAUAACAGCUGAUUUUGUUAUCUGAGCCGCACUUUGAUCGGCCUUUGAAUAAGAUAUGUUAGAAUCAACAUUGCAGUAACCCCCAACGACAUGGACUUUCGGAACGCCCGCGCCCGGCAGCCGGAGAUCGUGAGAUCCGUGCAGAAGGAUGCACGGUACACCAACGAGCUGGCCGAAGACUUGUCCGAUGUCUUGCGCCUCACCGGUCCACGGAACUGGAUAAAGUACAACCAGAUGUGCCGACUUCUGGCGGAGCUCAGUUACCACGGAUUCGCCUCGGCCAAUAACCUUCAGACCCUCGGCGAAGAGUACACGGGGAUAAUACAGGUGGACGGGAACUAUAAGCAGAUUCCCAGCAGAUUGUUACAACUGAUUGCCAUUGUCCUGGAGUUUGGUGGCGACUCCCUGUUCCAACGAUUGAUGCAAAAACUUGACACCUACGUGGCCAACAAUGACGAGAUUCGAACCGAGAUCAAGCCGCAGCUAAAGAAGAUUAUUCAGAGGCUCAGGCAAUCUCCCAGCUACGUAAAGGCCCUGCACAAGUCUCUAUUCUACUUGGACGCCAGCAAGUACCAGCUGUCCAAGCGCACCACGGGCAUCAACUACGUACUAAUCCGUCACUGGCUGCAGCCGGAAUUCUCGCUGUACGGCUACAAGAUACUGGGCGUAAUCACUUUCCUGCAGGUCAGCGUUUCCUUGGCCAUUAGUGGAUGGGAUGCCUGGAGAGAGCACAAGCGCCAGCAGCUAGAAUCAAUAAAGCAGGCUGGAAAGAAUUUCCUGCAAAGAUCUUCGAGUACAAAGGACGUAGAUCCAAACACCCCACAGUGCAUCCUUUGCCUGGAGCCACGUUCUGACAGCAGUUUGACUCCAUGCGGCCACAUCUUUUGCUGGAGCUGCCUGCUCGAGUGGCUGGAGGAGCGGGAUGAGUGCCCCUUGUGCCGGGAGUCGCUGAAAAAGUCCCAAGUGAUAUUACUGCAAAACUAUGCCUAAGAUUGGAUUAAGACUUUUUAUAUUCAUGUUAUAGGAAGUAUUUUUGUGUCUAUGUAAUAUAUUUUAUUCAUAUAAAUG